AUGACUCAGCAACAACCAAAUCAGAUAAGACAAUUUGACUGCAAAGAGAAUGAAAUAAUAUUUUAUGAUUCGCAAAUUCAUUCCGAAAACAACUAUAGCGGCAGCAGCAAUAACAACAACUAUCUCAAAAGCAAUAAUAAUACCAACUUCCCCAACAGCAAUAGCAGUAACAAAACUUGUGAACGGUGCAAAUCUUUGGAGGCUAAAAUUGACAAUUUGAACACCAAAUUUGACAACAUGCUAGAUUACCUUAAAAAAAUGAUGGAAGUUCAGGCAAAGCAAGGUGUCCAAUUAAGCGUUCUUGCUAAUAAGGACGCAGAUAUGAGGAACUUGAGCAAACUCUUCCCUAUAAAAACCAUUGAAGAAAUGGAAAGCGUCAAUAACGCCAUAAAUGAGGUGAACAUCAAUGAAUAUAUUAACGCAAUAAAACACUUAUUAAAGGGGGAUCCUGAAAAGCACUUUGAGAAAAUUAUCUCCAGAUCUAUGUGCAACGAAGUCAAUGUAGGCGGCGUCCAUGGCAAGAUUUGCCUCAAAAAAUAUACUUCCUUGUAUAAUGCGAUUAUAAGUGGAUUGUCGGCGACGUCAGAAAAGCCCGAUAAGCAACUAUCGAAAUGCCUCCACAUUGUUAAAAAAAGGCUAUAUAGAUUGACCACAGUGAAAAAACUAAAAAUCGGAAAUAACUAAUAUAAUUAACA